AUGACGACUCAAUAUCCUGAGCUAUUCAGGUGUUCUGGAAGUUUUGGUGAGGUUUGGACAUGUUUUGUGCAGGUUUUGGAUUGUUUGGGGAAACCUGGUGCAAACCGGUUAACCGUUUUGUCAAGUCUUGUAAAACCGGUUAACCGGUUCUGGGACAGAUCAGCCAACUCACUUGAAUUCGGAAACGAGUUUAUGAAUUGUGUUUGUAUGCCUAUGGAUGAUGAUAUUAAGAGGGAAAUUCUAAAUAAGUCUCAUGCGACUCCUUAUUCUGUUCAUCCGGAGACAACAAAGAUGUACCAAGAUCUUAAGCCCAUGUUUUGGUGGCUUGGAAUCAAGAAUGAUAUAGCUGAAUACCCACUGAACCUUCCAGAAUGGAAAUGGGAAGACAUUGCCAUGGACUUCAUGGUUGGAUUGCCUAGGACUACGGGGCAGUACGACUCUGUGUGGGUCAUAGUUGGCAGGUUUACGAAGUCAACGUACUUUUUACCUAUUCGGAUGAAUUUUUUCAUUGAUCAGUAUGCAAAACUCACAGCAUUCCAUCCUCAGACGGAUGGACAGUCCGAGAGGACCGUUCAGAUUUUAGAAGACAUGCUUCAGCCAUGUAUGAAGCACUUUGGUAAGAAAGGAAAACUUAUGCCGAGAAUCAUUGGACCUUUCAAGAUCCCCGAGAGGAUAGGGCAUGUAGCGUACAGGUUGGCUAUGCCUCCAGUGCUGGCAGCUAUAGAUGAUGUGUUCAAUGUUUUGAUGCUUCAAAAUUAUCUCUCAGAUCCAUCUCAUAUUCUGAGUUAUGAAGCAUUGGAACUUCAGCUAGAUCUUUCAAUCGAAGAACAACAAGUGCAAAUUUUAGAUAGAUGA